UAUAUUCUAUUGGACUCAUCAGGUCACACCAAACACAUGACGUGUGUCAUCUCUCUGAGGAUAGAGUUUAUAAACUGAUGCUUUACUGGAUCUCUGGUUGUUCAUGCUGAGACAUAGCAGACACAAGAUAUUUAUUCAUUUUACAUGUACAGUAAGACUAAGGUUACAGUACAGUGUGGUAUACAGUAAGACUAAUGUAAGACAUUGGGCUAAAUCAUGUGUAAAAUAUAUUAGAAUUAACAUUAUUGAACUGCAAGUUAAUAAGUUUCUGCUACUGUAGAUUACUGAUGCCAUGGAUUUUGCAUGACGUUAUUACUUGUGUAUAUGUAUUUGCAGUGAGAGCCUUCCUGUGCUUGUUGUGUCAAGGGAUCUUUGGAGCCAUGGCAGAAAACAGUAGCACUCGGAUCACUGAAUUCUUCCUGCUUGGAAUUCCAGGAGUCCAUUCACAGUAUAAUGGAGCUUUAGGGAGUUUUUUACUUUUUGUCUAUCUAGUACUGGCCAGCGGAAACAUUUUGAUCAUUUCAUUUAUUGCAUAUGAAAAAAGUCUUCAUAAACCCAGUUAUUUUAUCUUUUGUAACCUCGCUGUAUCUGAUCUUGCUUUUGGAACCCUCACGCUGCCCAAAGUGGUAGCCAAAUAUCUAGCCAAAAAUGAGCAUGUAGAAUUUUACUCGUGUUUUGUGCAAAUGUAUAUCGUUCAUCAUUUAGGUACGAUGAAUUCAUUUUUGAUGUUAUUAAUGGCCAUCGAUCGGUUUGUUGCCAUAUGCAACCCCCUUAGAUAUCCUGCUAUUAUAACCAACCAAUCUAUUUCAUUCGCAUGUGUUGGAUUCUGGGUAGUUAUUUUUGGCUGGUUACCUCUGUUUACUUAUCAAACUGCAAAACUUUCCUUUUGUGCUUCAGAUGUAAUAUUUCAAUGUUUCUGUGAUUUCAAUUCAUUAGUAAGAAUCGGGUGCGGGGAGAAAAGCGAGCUAAGGAGAAAUGCGUUCGCAAUGGCCAUGUUUACCCUUUUGGGCCCUUUAAUGUUCAUCAUCUUUUCUUAUAUUGCCAUUAUUAUAUCUGUUUUUAAAAUCUCAAGCAUUCAGGCUCGAUAUAAAACAUUUUCGACAUGCAGUCCUCAGCUUUUUAUCAUAUGCCUUUACUAUCUCCCCAGAUGUACUGUGUAUAUUUGUGAUUUAACCGCUGAAAUGCCUAUGGCCGUUCGGGUAAUGCUUGUUAUGUGGUACAGUCUGCUUCCUCCUGUUGUUAAUCCAAUGAUAUACUGCUUCAGAACCCAGGAAAUUAAGGCUGUUUUAAUGAAAAGAAUUAGAGGUAAAAAAGUUCAAAUUAACUUAAAGACAUUUGCGAGCUAA